CAAUGAAUCUAAAAUAUAUGAAUGUUAAAUUUUCAUCAUUACAUUAUGGAAAAUAAUGAACUUUAUCACAAUAUGCUAAUUUUUUUAGAAGGACCUGUACUUACACCCAAGUGUAAUUUCAAAUGGCAAAUUAAACUGUUUUCCAAAACUUCCUAAAAUAGAACUUGUGUGACAACAUGAAAGAGUCUAAAAGGUCUCAAAAAAACAUUUCACAAAGAUCUCAUGAGCAGAUAAGAAGAAAAAUGUCAAUAGCAUGGACCAGCCUGGUUAGGGUUACAACAGAGGCGUUUCUACUAUAAGUUCUAGAAUAUUUUUCUCUAGCAUGUAACUUCCCAGAAUCUUCUCAUCUUCUGCGUUGUUUUUUUAUGUCUUUCAACUAGGGGUCUGAAACCUGGGUUGUUAAUGUAGAUUAAGUCCCUUGAAGCAGAAAUGGGUGAGUUCCAAGGGCAAAGUUCUGUUCUUCACAAAAAAUCCUACAGGAGCAUGUCCAACCAUCAGUUUGUGACCUUAAGCGUGAAGUAACAGGAGUUUAUGCAGCAGGACAAUCAUCCAAAGCAAGUGUACCUCUUAACAUAUUUGGUCUAAUCAAAACCUGGAUUUAAAUCCGGUUGGGACGCUGUGUAGCAUGACUUUAAAACAAGCCAUUCCUCCUUGACAAACAACUGAAAAAGAAAAGAGGAAAAAACAGCUCUGCAAAGACUGGCCUAAACACCUCAUCAAUGGGACUCCAUGAAUGCCACCCAUGAGCAAGCAACUCCUACACAUAACUAAACAUAACACUAAAGCACUCUUGCUAAUGGCAGAGAAAACAUAACAGGUUAAUCCAACCCCACCAGGUAAACUCAUGUGUUGGCAGCAAAACAAGUGUAACUACAAAACACAGGCAGGCACCAAAUAAGCAAUGCAAAACUUAUUCAGGGAACAACUGAGAGAUAAUAAGGCUCCUGCUGGAGCACCCUCCUUUUGUUGCCACCCUGGGCAAUGUUGCUUAAAUCAAAAACCAACACUGACAGCAACUCAAAGUAACUCAUUGCCAGUUAUCACAAAAGUUAGUUGGCAGCAGCUGCCGCCAGAGGCCACACGAACAUUUUUUUUUUAGGUAGCAAAUACCUUUUCGCAUAGGUAAAAAUCCCGUUUUCCAUUCGAAAAGUGUGAAAACCGCCCAUUAUAUUCACUAAAGCUAUAUAACCUCCAAAUGUUCUUCUGUACGGUUGAGCAAUCAUUUCAUUAUCACUGAAUUUGUUCCAAAAAACAAAAUAUAUAUAUAUAUAUAUAUUUUUUUUUUUAUUUAUUUAUUUUUUUUUUUUAUUAUUAUUAUUCCAAACAGGCACAGCUGCAACAAGGGUGUCGUUAGGCUGCUGUAGAGACCUUCUCUGGCCUGCAGCCUGCUGGUAUUUUAUGCAGUAGACACAGUAAACUCCGACCCACGUCUCAGCCAAUCACAAUCCAGAGUCCAGAUCCGGUGUGACUAUGGAGGUUUUUCAGGAGUAUAUCAGUGAGUGGAGGCUCCACAAGGCUCAAUGUGUCCACAAAGCAGCGACUUUAACUUAUAUCCAUCCUGGCUGAAGAAAGUUUUAAGAUGAAGUUCUUCAUCCUGAUGCUCAUUUCCCUCUCCUUCGGUCCUGGUUUGGUUGGUUCUGUUUCGGCUGUGGAGGACGCGUACAGCGCGGUGGUCAGCGUCGUGUCUCCGGGACAGCGCUUUCUGACCGGGGAGUCCCUUCGCUCCCUCUUUAAUACCCUGCAGAAGCGUGUGCAGUGCGGCGAGGUGCCGUGUGAAAAGUGUGAUUUGGCAGGUGCUGUUCAUCAGCUCAUCGGGAAUCUCUCCAUCUACGGGAAAGCAGAAAACAGAAAAGUUGAGGAAAACGUAACCGUCAGCGUGUCUCAGUUCCCGCCUCUUGCUGCAGGCAGCGUCCUGUACCUCUCCUCACCUGGCUUGGUCUGUACUGUAAUAGGACAGGGGAGGUGGGCAGAGGAGACAGACCAUUUUCUACACAAAUACACACAUUCUGACCACCGCGAACACUCACACAAUCACAUGGAUGUUCUUGGAUUAGAGGGUGUGAUUCAGGAGCUGCACAACCACUAUGAGCCCUCAGAUAAUAAGAGCUGUGUAACUGCCAGCGGCAUCAUGAUGGAGGUUGACCCAUCGUCAGUAGAUCAGAAACAGGAAGUGGGUGCCGUUUUGGGGCGUGUCCUGUACCAUGCCCUGCUUGGUCACUGCUUCAAUGGUCAGACUCUACCUGAUGAGAGCUUCUUCCUGGAUUAUGUCUUGACUCGACUUGGUUCAGAAAAUUUCACUGUUCAUGAUUUAGAGGUUCUCAUGAGGAGCCUGAACAUUGGACCAGAGGAAGACCACGAACAUGACCACGAACAUGACCAUUACCAUAACGAAGAUGAUCAUUAUCGAAGGAAGCAGAGUGGACAUGAGCGCCAUGUAGGCCAUACAAGUAGCAACACCUGGGAGCAUCACUGUUUCACAGCUGAAGAACUGGUCCGGAUCUACAAUCUGUCUGAGGAAAGCUCUGGCAUGGGUCGAACUGGCGUUGCAACGCUCAGUCCUGCACUGGUCCAGCAGAUCCUGAGUGGAUCAUGCUCAAACAGGACGGAACCAGAGACUCCCAAUGGGCUCUCCAAGUCUGACAAAUACCUCUAUGCAACCCUUGCCAAUGUAAUCAUAACCGUCAUGGCCAUGUGUGGCAUCGUGAUGCUGCUGUGUACCUCGUGUACCAAUGUUUUCCAGAUGUGUAUCCAGUUCUGCAUCAGCAUGGCUGUAGGUUCACUGACGGGAGACGCCCUGCUGCACCUUGUACCAAUGAUUCUGGGUAUACACAUUCACACAGAGGAUGGGAGCAGCUCUGAGCAGCAUCACGAACACGUAGAAACCCCAGACUACACAUUUAAAAUGCUGGCGAUGAUUGGUGGGAUCUAUGUAUUUUACCUGAUGGAAACCAUCUUCUCAUUGAUUACAAAUGAAAGUGAUCAUCAUCAUCAUGGGGAAGAAUCAAACCCUCAUCACUGUGACCAUGUUGGGGUUUUAGAGAUGUAUCAAACGGAAAAGAAACAGAAAGAGAAGUCACAGUCUUCAUCAAAGGCAGAUCUGGUUGAUAAUGAAGACGGAGAAGAAAAAAAUAAUUUGGAGCUGAAAAAGCAGAGAAGAGAAAAGCGCCUUCUGCCUUAUAUGAUAACUAUUGGUGACGGGAUACACAACUUUGCAGACGGAUUAGCAAUAGGUGCAGCUUUCUCUAUGUCAUUGAAGUCUGGUCUGGCCACAUCAGUGGCUGUGCUCUGCCACGAACUCCCUCAUGAACUCGGGGAUUUUGCCAUUCUGCUCCACUGCGGCUUGUCUGUCCGAAAGACAUUGCUUUUAAAUGUGUGCAGCGCCCUGACCUCUUUUAUUGGGCUGUAUAUCUCUCUGUCUGUAGCCACUGACCUUGCAACCCAGCAGUGGAUAGGUGCAAUAGCUGCUGGGCUCUUUCUGUAUGUUGGGCUUGCUGAUAUGCUUCCCACAUUGGUCCAUCUCAGCAGCAAGAAACCGUGGCAAGCGUUUUUGCUGCAGAAUGCUGGUAUUCUAACCGGCUGGAUUGUGCUGCUGAUGCUGUCACUUUAUGAAGACAAGAUCCGCUUUUAACUGUUUUAAUUGUAAUGAAUCAGUAUUUUCUUAUGUUUUCAUCUUGUUACUAGAAACAUUGUACAACCUUUGGGGGAAAAAAAAUCUAAAUUAAUGUACAUUUUCUGACUGAAUAUAUCCUCAAUGUGGUCACAAGGUGACUAGAAGAACAGAGAUAUUGACUGAUGUAAAUAAAAGCAGCCACAAUAUCUAUGCAUCCUAUCCACUCAUCCAUACUGCAGACCCAGAGGGUGGGGACUGGGGUUACAUCCUGGACAGGUCGCCAUUCCAUCAGUGGGCCCCCUCGUCCCCUGUUAGCUUAUUUUGCACCCUUCACACCAGAUCAAGACCACACCACAAAAUUAAAAAUCAACUAGGUCUUGGAUGGUCUGCAGGGUCUUAGAGAGAUCCAAUUGGGUGCAUCAAGAGCACAUUGUUCUCACUAUUAUGCAUGAUAGAGCAUGAGAGUGUUUACAGUAUUCACAAAUCUUCUAUAGUAGCUCAUUAUCAUAGUGACAGUAUAUCUGUUCCAGGUUGCUAUGUUGAGGCCUGUUAGCAGCAAUGGUAAUUCUUCCAUGUUGCAUGAUCUGUGCAUCUUGGACAUCAAAUAAUUUAAAUCUGGACUUGCCAUGCUGGCCACACACCAGUUUAGCUACAUCAGCAUAUAGUAGUUCAUAAGUGCCUUAUUGUAAUCCAUUUGAUACCAUGGAUAUUGUGUGAAUCUUGUCCCACAACUGCAAUGGCUGCAAGAAAAGGGAUCUCACCAAAUAGGUGAAACAAACAAUAUAUACACUCAGACAAAAUCAACAACAUGCUCAGGUUCUUUGCACACUACUAUCAGUACAUCCUGUAACAGUUCCCAGCCAGAGAACCACACACAUCUCCAAUUUGUGCAUAUAGGCUGAAUGUUGCAACAUUUAGGAAGGGUGUAGUUAAAAUUCAAAAUGUAUUUACCUCCCCAUCAAAGAGAAGGCAUGGUAUUUAAUGAUGUGAGAGGAGGAAAAAGUGCAGGCAGCAGCUCAUAGGGUUUAUGAUAUAAUUUUGCAAUAGCUGGAACAAAACUCAAACAAAUUCAGGAUUCAGAGCCUCUGAGUAAUCAACCUGGAGGGAUAAGUGAAAAACAGAUUUUGGAUUUUUAGAUCAUAAAUCUUUUCUGACUGCACCUUCCUAGAUAUGCUCACAGAAUUAUUGUUACCAUGCAAAAAGGCAGGCUCAACAGUGCCCCAGCGCUCUGUAUAGAAACCUCCCUCACAAGCAUCCUCAUGCUGCUGGCAAUGUGAUGAAAAUACUGAUCCAAGUUUGUUUGACCACAAUAAGACUGAGAGUGAUGGGGGAGGUGCAGAAACCUCCCACAUUUACAGGGGAAUUCAACAGAUUGUAGGGAAACAAAUUAUUGCAGCCAUGAUACACAUGGUGGUAGUGGUAGAUUGGCAAGGAAAGCAGAGGGGAAAAACCAGUGUAUUGAAUAUAAAGGGUUGUGUUUGACCUGAAAUGAGGGUUUCCAAAUUUGCCACAAUCCUGCAGCAUUCAAGUUACCAUAGAAAUCCUGGAGACUAUAGGGCAGUCCUAAUCUGGUGUAAAUAGGGUCUUAAGUAUGUUGGGUCAUUUGGUAGAUUUAAACUUAAAUCCAGCAAAUGAAAGUUUGUAAGACCAUGUGUACACUACAAUAAUACUACCAGUAACAGAGUGGAGAUUUUGAGGAUGGUUUUUCAAAUUCUUUAAAGAACUGUAUCAAAUUGAAGCACUUUCCUGAAUAAAUUUAGAUAAAAACAUUGGAUUUGUUUUGGUUUGUAUGUUUUGAAACAAUUUCUGUAGCAAUAGUAUUUUGAAUAAGUUGAUAGUUUCAUUGAAUGAAUUAUAAAUAUAUAAAAUGUUUGUUAAAUGUGUAAAUAAAAAAUGUGUGCCUUUAUA